CCGAGAGAGCCCCCGCCGGGACAUCCCCCCCCUUUCACGGCCACCCCCCCGACCGGCCCCCGCCGCUCCGCCGCCUCCGGGGGGGGACCCGCCCCGAGCGCCGGGUUCGUUUCUCUUGUCUCUGCCUUCUCUCCGUGCGUCUGUGUGCGUGUGCGCGUGUGUGUGUGUGUGGCCGGGGGGGGGCGGCGCGGCCUGGUGCGCGCGGCGGAUCCCGCCGCUCGCGUAGCGCGGCCGCCCGGGCGCUCGCUGAGGGGAAGGGAGGAGGAGAAGAGGCGCCCGCCCAGGCUCCGCCGCCGCCGCCAUGAGCGUGGAGGCGUACGGCCCCAGCUCGCAGACCCUCACCUUCCUGGACACCGAGGAGGCCGAGCUGCUCGGCGCCGACACUCAGGGCUCCGAGUUCGAGUUCACCGACUUCACCCUCCCCAGCCAGACCCAGACGCCGCCGGGGCCCGGCCAGGCGGGGCCGCAGCAAGGCCAAGGCCCCCCCGGCGCGGGGCAGGGCCCGCCGGGGCCGCUGGAAGCGCAGGUGAAUGGUCCCGAUGGGAUCCUGCAGAACGGGGCUGUGGAUGAGAACGUGGCCAAGACCAGCCAGCUCCUGGCAGAGCUCAACUUUGAGGAGGAUGAGGAAGACACCUACUACACCAAGGAUCUCCCUGUGCAUGCCUGCAGUUACUGUGGGAUCCACGACCCUGCCUGUGUGGUUUACUGCAACACCAGCAAGAAGUGGUUCUGUAACGGGCGUGGGAACACCUCGGGCAGCCACAUUGUGAACCAUCUGGUGAGAGCCAAGUGCAAAGAGGUGACUCUCCACAAGGAUGGACCUCUGGGGGAGACCGUCCUGGAGUGCUACAACUGCGGCUGUCGGAACGUGUUCCUCCUGGGCUUCAUCCCAGCCAAGGCAGACUCCGUGGUGGUUCUGCUGUGCAGGCAGCCCUGUGCCAGCCAGAGCAGCCUGAAGGACAUCAACUGGGACAGUUCCCAGUGGCAGCCCCUCAUCCAGGAUCGCUGCUUCCUCUCCUGGCUGGUGAAGAUCCCGUCGGAGCAGGAGCAGCUCCGGGCCCGCCAGAUCACGGCCCAGCAGAUCAACAAGCUGGAGGAGCUCUGGAAGGAAAAUCCAUCUGCAACCCUGGAGGACUUGGAAAAGCCUGGUGUGGAUGAAGAACCACAGCACGUCCUGCUUAGAUACGAAGAUGCUUAUCAAUACCAAAAUAUAUUUGGUCCUCUAGUCAAGCUUGAGGCAGAUUAUGACAAGAAACUCAAGGAAUCUCAGACCCAAGAUAACAUCACAGUCAGAUGGGACCUGGGCUUGAACAAGAAGAGAAUUGCUUAUUUCACUUUGCCAAAGACUGACUCAGACAUGAGGCUCAUGCAAGGAGAUGAGAUCUGCCUGAGGUACAAAGGAGACCUGGCCCCGCUGUGGAAAGGAAUUGGUCACGUUAUCAAAGUUCCUGAUAGUUCUACAGAUUAUGGUGAUGAGAUUGCCAUCGAGCUGAGGAGCAGCGUGGGAGCCCCUGUGGAAGUUACUCACAACUUCCAAGUGGAUUUUGUAUGGAAAUCUACUUCCUUUGACAGGAUGCAGAGUGCUCUCAAAACCUUUGCUGUGGAUGAGACCUCAGUGUCUGGGUACAUCUAUCACAAGCUGCUGGGCCACGAGGUGGAAGAUGUGAUUAUUAAAUGCCAGUUGCCAAAGCGCUUCACAGCACAAGGACUCCCUGAUCUCAACCACUCUCAGGUUUAUGCUGUGAAAACUGUCCUGCAGCGUCCUCUGAGCCUUAUUCAGGGUCCCCCUGGCACUGGGAAGACGGUGACAUCAGCCACCAUCGUGUAUCAUCUGGCCAGACAGGGCAACGGGCCUGUGCUGGUGUGUGCCCCCAGUAACAUCGCCGUGGACCAGCUCACCGAGAAGAUCCACCAGACCGGGCUGAAGGUGGUGCGUCUGUGUGCGAAGAGCAGGGAGGCCAUCGACUCCCCCGUGUCCUUCCUGGCACUGCACAACCAGAUCAGGAACAUGGACAGCAUGCCAGAGCUUCAGAAACUGCAGCAGCUCAAAGAUGAGACUGGAGAGCUCUCAUCUGCCGACGAGAAGCGUUACCGGGCGCUCAAACGAACCGCGGAGCGGGAGCUGCUCAUGAACGCGGAUGUGAUCUGCUGCACCUGCGUGGGCGCCGGGGAUCCCAGGCUGGCCAAGAUGCAGUUCCGCUCCAUCCUCAUCGAUGAGAGCACCCAGGCCACCGAGCCCGAGUGCAUGGUGCCCGUUGUGCUGGGAGCAAAGCAGCUCAUUCUGGUGGGUGACCACUGCCAGCUGGGGCCCGUGGUGAUGUGCAAGAAAGCUGCCAAGGCUGGGCUGUCCCAGUCCCUGUUUGAGAGGCUGGUGGUGCUGGGGAUCCGGCCCAUCCGGCUCCAGGUGCAGUACCGGAUGCAUCCCGCCCUCAGCGCCUUCCCUUCCAACAUCUUCUACGAGGGCUCGCUCCAGAACGGGGUCACUGCAGCUGACCGUGUGAAGAAAGGCUUUGACUUCCAGUGGCCACAGCCUGACAAACCAAUGUUCUUCUACGUCACCCAAGGACAGGAGGAGAUUGCCAGCUCAGGCACCUCUUACUUAAACAGGACGGAAGCUGCCAACGUGGAGAAAAUCACCACGAAGCUGCUGAAGGCUGGUGCCAAACCAGACCAGAUUGGCAUCAUCACUCCUUACGAAGGGCAGCGCUCCUACCUGGUGCAGUACAUGCAGUUCAGUGGCUCCCUGCACACCAAGCUCUACCAGGAAGUGGAAAUUGCGAGUGUGGAUGCCUUCCAGGGCAGGGAGAAGGACUUUAUUAUCCUUUCCUGUGUGAGGGCCAACGAACACCAGGGAAUUGGGUUCCUCAACGACCCCAGGAGGCUCAACGUGGCCCUUACCAGGGCGAGGUAUGGAGUAAUUAUUGUGGGGAACCCCAAAGCCCUGUCUAAGCAGCCACUCUGGAAUCACCUCCUGAAUUACUACAAGGAGCAGAAGGUGCUGGUGGAGGGACCACUGAACAACCUCCGGGAGAGCCUCAUGCAGUUCAGCAAACCCCGCAAGCUCGUCAACACCAUCAACCCCGGUGCCCGUUUCAUGACCACUGCCAUGUAUGAUGCACGUGAGGCCAUUAUUCCAGGAUCUGUCUAUGACAGGAGCAGUCAAGGGCGCCCAUCCAACAUGUACUUCCAAACCCACGACCAGAUUGGGAUGAUCAGUGCUGGCCCCAGCCACGUCACUGCCAUGAACAUUCCCAUCCCCUUCAACCUGGUGAUGCCCCCGAUGCCACCCCCGGGAUACUUCGGCCAGGCCAACGGACCCGCCGCAGGACGUGGGGCUCCCAAAGGAAAGACCGGUCGUGGCGGGCGCCAGAAAAACCGUUUUGGGAUUCCCGGGACGAGUCAGUCCAACCUUCCCAACAGCCAAGCGAGCCAAGAUGUGGUGUCCCAGCCUUUCUCCCAGGGCCCCCUGACUCAGGGCUAUAUCUCCAUGAGUCAGCCUUCACAGAUGAGUCAGCCUGGGCUCUCCCAACCAGAAUUAUCACAGGACAGUUACCUUGGUGAUGAGUUUAAAUCCCAGAUUGACGUGGCGCUGUCACAGGACUCAACUUACCAGGGUGAACGUGCAUAUCAACAUGGUGGAGUGACGGGACUGUCACAGUAUUAGAGUGUUGAGGAAGAAGAGCUAAGCUUGCGUGGAGCUUAGUUCAUCAGCAUUUUAUUCUGGGUAAUAAAAAAAAUAAAAUAAAAUGGAUACCUGUUUUCCACUGCUAAAACUGAAGCACCACUGUGUGAGAGCAACAGGAGAAAGAAACCAACCAACGGAAAGAGAGAGAGAGAGAAAGAGAGAGAGAGAGAAAGAAAGGAGCGCGCGAGAGAGCCCACUGCUAUAGCUCACUGAGACAAGGAGACCGCGGAGGAGAGAGAGCCCUGACGGACCUGCUGGCGCCUCGCUGGGAAGGAACUCACCCCAAACUGAGUGGUCAGCCGAGUCCCUGCUCCCCCAGUCACCCCCACGCUCGAGAGAAGGGCCUUAAAAAAAAAAAAAAAAAAGCAGGUUUCACUUCAUUCCAUCCUUCUCUUUGCGAGCAGGGCAUUGCUACUACUUUUCAGAGCAGACGGGGGAGAGGAAAACCCUCAUCUCAGAGUUGGUCUCGUUUCUAAGGGGUACUAUAUUUUAGCAGUAACUGUUUACAUUUUAGAAGCAGAGUAUCUGAGAGAAAAAGAGAGAGAGAGAGAGGGAGGGAGGGAGAGUCCCUGACUCGGUGACAGCAAAGCCAAGCAGAAAUCCAGCGGGAUCCAGCUGAUGCUCAACUCUGAGAUGCAGGUUUUGUUGUCCAACACUGGCUCUGAAAUCUUAGUUGUCAUCGUGUCGCCCACAUUCUGAACGGGUCUUUCGUGACGAGGUGGUUUUAAAAGAGAUCCUUUCAAAAAAAGGAGCACUGAGUUGUUUUUUUUUUUUUUUUGUUUGUUGUUUUGGGUUUUUUUUGUUUUGUUUUGUUUUGUUUUGUUUUUUUUAAAGAAAAGAAGUUUGUCUCUGAAUUCUUAGUGGUGGACCUGGGAGAUCCUUGUUCUGAGAAGCUUAUAUUAAAAAAAAAAACAAACAAACAAAAAAAAAAAAA